AUGGUCAAGUUGUUUAAAAAAAAGGAGAAAGUUGAAGAGGAGAGCAGAAAAAUCAAAGCCAAUGAUCCAUCUGGUAAUGUUGCAAAACAAUAUGCAGGAAAUGAAAUUUCGACAUCUAAAUACAAUUUAAUAACAUUUUUACCGAAAAAUCUUUUCGAACAAUUUCGUCGACUAGCAAAUGCUUAUUUCUUAUUCCUUCUUUGUUUACAACUCAUUCCACAAAUCAGUUCCUUGGCUCCGAUAACUACGAUCUUACCACUUGUAUUUGUCUUGGCUUUGACGGCAAUCAAAGAUGCUAGUGAUGAUAUUGCGAGACAUCGUAGUGAUCGAGAAGUGAAUAAUCGUGAAACGAAAACAGUCGUAGGAAAAGAAUUUGUUACGAGAAAAUGGAAAGAUAUUAAAGUUGGGGAUAUGAUUCAAUUAACCAAUAAUGAAUUUGUCACUGCAGAUAUUGUUUUAAUCUCAACUAGUGAUGACAAUGGUCUUUGUUUUAUUGAAACUGCUGAAUUGGAUGGAGAAACGAAUCUUAAAGUCCGACAAGCUUUAGAGGAAACAUGUAAAAUCGGAGAAGAUAUUGGUCAAUUAUCAAAUUUUGAUGGAGAAAUUGAAUACGAAGCACCAAAUAAUAAUCUUGGACGAUUCGAAGGAAACUUGACAUGGAAGGGAAAAACGUAUCCUCUCAAAAAUGAUAACAUUGUUUUACGUGGAACACGCUUGAGAAAUACUCAAUGGGCUUUCGGAAUUGUCUGCUAUGCUGGUCCUGACACUAAAUUAAUGAAAAACAGUGGUAAAGCACCAUUCAAACGUACACAAAUUGAUCGUUUACUCAAUCGAAUUAUUCUUGGCAUCUUCUUCUUUUUAUUGAUCAUGUGUGCUAUCAUGACAAUCUGCUCUGGUCUUUGGGAAUCCUUCGUUGGUUAUGACUUUCGCAUGUACUUACCCUGGGAAGGUUUCUUAUCCAAAGAUCGUCGUAUUGGCGCAAUUCAGAAAAGUUUAUUAGUGUUUCUCUCGUACAUCAUUAUCUUAAACACUGUGGUGCCCAUCUCUCUCUAUGUCAGUGUGGAAUUUAUACGUUUAUUACAAUCGAAAUUUAUUGAUUGGGAUAUUCAAAUGUAUUAUAAACCAAAUAAUGUUCCCGCACAAGCACGUACAACCACACUAAACGAAGAAUUAGGACAAAUUGAAUAUAUUUUUUCGGAUAAAACAGGAACAUUAACGCAGAAUAUUAUGACAUUCAACAAAUGUUCGAUCCGUGGAAAAUUGUAUGGUUAUGUUACUGAUGGAAAUGGAAAUGAAAUUCAAGAUCCUGAUAAAACAAAAGCAAUUGAAUUCGAAGAAAAAGACGAAGACUUUCAAUGGUACGAUCAAAAAUUGAUCGACGCAAUCAAAAAUGGUGAUGAAGAUGAACACAAUUUCUUCACACUUCUAGCUCUUUGUCAUACGGUCAUGCCGGAAGAGAAAGACGGAAAGAUUAUUUAUCAAGCUCAAUCACCCGAUGAGAAUGCAUUGGUAUCCGCUGCAAGAACAUUUGGUUUUGUUUUCGAUAAUCGUACACAAAGUAGUAUUACCGUUCGUUUACCAGAUAAAGAAGAAACGUACGAUUUGCUCAAUAUUUUGGAUUUUAACAAUGACCGCAAGCGAAUGUCAGUUAUCGUGAAAAAAGAUGGCAAAAUCGUUUUGUAUUGUAAGGGAGCUGAUUCGAAAGUUAAAGAACGGUUAGAUUCAUCGGAGAAGGAAAUCAUGGCACAAACUGAUGAACAUUUAAAUAAAUUCGCUACCGAUGGUUUACGUACACUUUGUUUGGCAUGGAAAGACCUUGACGAAGGAGAAUAUAAAAAAUGGGCAGAAAAAUUAGAUAAAGCCAAUACAAGUAUGGAAAAUCGAGAUGAAAAAGUUAGUGAAGUUUAUGAAGAAAUAGAACAAAACCUGAAAUUACUUGGUGCUACAGCUAUCGAAGAUAAAUUGCAAGACGGUGUACCGCAAUGUAUAGAACAUUUAGCGCGUGCUGGUAUAAAAAUAUGGGUUUUAACAGGUGACAAAGUUGAAACUGCUUAUAAUAUUGGUUUGUCUUGUCGUUUGCUCACGAAUGAUAUGGAAAUCAAUGUAAUUGAUGAUGAAGAUGAGAAGGGUGUAGCAGCCAAAUUAGACCAAGUUCGAAAUGAAAUGAUUGAGAAAAUCGAAGGAUUAUUUGACAUAAAGAUUCAAGAUAGAAAGAAACGACUCGAUUGGAAAGAAUGGGGUAUUGAUGUGAUGAAAUUUGAUCAGCAUAGAAAAAACACCACCAAUAAUAACAAUAAUAAUAAUACAGAGCAAACCAAAGUUACAAAUGGCCAUCCAUCAUCAACGACAGCAGCAACAACAGCGAAUGAGCCCACUUCACCGGAUCGCGAGAGCUUCGAAGGCUUUGGAUUAUUAAUAACAGGGCAAGCCCUCGUUCAUGCAUUGUCGGACAAAUUGAAAAUGAAAUUCCUUGAACUUGGUACUAUGUGUAAAGCAGUCGUUUGUUGCCGUGUUACACCAUUGCAGAAAGCUCAAGUGGUUGAAUUAGUCAUGGAAAACGAAAAGAAAAUCACGUUGGCCAUUGGAGAUGGAGCAAACGAUGUGUCGAUGAUUCAAAAAGCACACAUCGGUGUUGGUAUUAGUGGACAAGAAGGUCGACAAGCUGUGUUAGCAAGUGAUUUUAGUUUCGGACAAUUUUGUUUUCUUGAACGAUUGUUACUUGUCCAUGGUCGAUGGUCGUAUUUGCGCAUCUCGAAGUUUUUACGCUACUUUUUCUAUAAGAAUUUUGCAUUUACACUUUGCCACUUUUGGUUUGGAUUCUUCUCCGGAUUUUCAGCUCAAACUUUGUACGAUCCAUUCUUUGUCGCGACAUAUAAUGUCUUCUUUUCAUCAUUACCUGUUCUGGCAUUGGGCGUUUUCGAUCAAGAUGUUACUUCGGAACAAUCCAUGAAUAAACCACAUUUAUACACUCCUGGUCAAAAUAACGAAUUUUUCAAUAAGAAAAUCUUUGCUGAAAGCGUUAUUCACGGCAUUCUAACGUCUUGCAUCAUCUUUUUCGUUUCCUACCUUUCCGUAUCGAACAGCAGUCGUCCAUCUGGCAUGUCACAAGCAGACUUACAAUCAUUUGGCUUCAUGGUCGCUACAAUCAUGGUGGUAAUUGUCAAUCUACAAAAUGCAUUAGAAAUGUGGAAUUGGACUGGUCUAUAUCAUUUCGUUCUAUGGGGCACAAUAGCAGUACAUUUCUUAUUUCAUUUUGCUUUGUACUCACCACUUGUAUCGACAAUCUUCAAAACGAAUUAUGCAUAUGUGGGAGUGGCGCAAAAUGUCUUAACCACUGGCAAUUUCUGGUUUACAUUAUUUAUAACAUGUGCAGUAUUGCUUUUGCCUGUCUUCUGUCGCGAAUUCUUCCGUAUGCGGUUUAUGCCAAACAAAACCGAUCGUGCUCGACUGAAUCAACGAUUCCGUAUGGAAGAAAAAGCUGCUUUUGUUGCCCACAUUAAACAAAAAAUGCAUCAACCUAAACGAGUUGUUCGAUCGGGUUAUGCCUUCUCUCAACAGGAAGGUUGGGGACCAUUGAUUACAUCUGGUCGUAUGCAGUCUAAAGCGACUUCACGUGUUCGACCAUCAAACAUAACGAACACGAUGUCGCCACCAUCAACUACAACUGACAAUGGUUCAUCUCAUACAGCCAAUACUCCGAGUACACUUCAUCCAACCGAAGUUUUCGAUCCAAUACAAUCGAAGAAAAUCUCAUCAGUAUCAUCGAUGGAAACUGAACCUCUACUCUCAUCGACUCAAAACAAAGGAAGCCGACCGAAACCAUCAAGUGAUUUAAUUUCGGACAGAAUACUUGCAGAUAUCAAAUCAUACCGUCCGUUGCGUCUGUAUAUCACGAAACAGAAGAAGAAAGGAAGUACAGAAAAUCCGUUUACCUUACGUGUGAGAUAUUGUCAACUUCCACAGGAUAAACAAGAUCGAUAUUUACAAAAAGCCGUUGAUAAAUACAUAGAACUACUUGAUGAAAAAGAUGUCGAUGAACAAGUGCAGGUCGAAUGUAAAUUAUUUGACUAUCUGUUGAUGAAAGGUGAACAGAGAAAGUAUUUUCAAUCGAUUAAUGCACCAGUUAAGCCACCAGGAACAGCUGUGCCGUUUUACACUCAGAUUAUCAAAGAAGAAAAUGACGAUGACGAUGAUUGUGAUAACAGCAUACCUUGGAACGCUUUAAACAAAGAUGAACGUAAAGUAUUCAAAAGAAAACGUAAAGAAGCUAAACUUGAAUAUGCCGCUCAAGUGAAAAACUUUGCUAAUGAUUUGCCUGAACGUCUUCGAGCAGAUUAUUUAGUCUAUGCCGAGCAAUAUCCUCAUAAACGACAGAAAAUCCACUCAUCUCCCGUGAAGAGCGAAGAUGCACAGUUGAUUCGACAACGUCGUAAAUCUUUAACAGCACUACCUGAAAGUUUACAAACAACAGAAGUUUCAUCACCACUGAUCGAUGAUAUACCAGUAAAAUUAACUCGAAACGAACUUGAACUGUUACACAAAUGCAUGCCACAUGCCAUUUAUUAUGAAACAGCCGUAUCCGAUGAUGACAAACCGACCUUUACGAGAACGAUGACAAAGAAUUCCUACAUGAAAUCGAUCUUUGCUCAGUUAAAUGAUGAAGAACGAUUGAAAUACGUGACGAAAUCAAUCGAACAAUGGAAUGAAUUUCUUGAUGAACAUCCACCAAUUGUCGAAUAUCUUAUUCCAACAUUACAUUUACUUCUAACUCGACAAGAAGACAUGCUCAUCUAUUUCUCGUCAAUUGGUCUACCAGUUCGACCUCCUAUCAACAGUUAUCUUUAUUACAAUCACGAAAAAGAAGAAAUCGGCUCGCAACAAACUUGGUCGGACUUAUCUGCAGACCAAAAAACCGAAUAUACUCAGCAGUUGAAUGCAAUGAAACAUGAUUAUUAUGAGAAAUUAGUUGAUUUCAUUGACAAUAUUCUCCCGUCAGAUUAUAUGAGAUACGAAUUUUUUCGAAAUAUUAAAUAUGCAGUUAAAGAUUAUGAACUAGCAACGAAGAGUGAGAUUGUUGAUAAACAAACAGGCCAAAUACAAUUGCAUGCGUAUUAUUUGCGAAAGAUCCAUAUGCAAAAUCAGCAAGAACAACAAGAGCAAAUCACACAAAUAAAGGAGAAAUUAUUUGCAACUGGAUUAACAGAUGAACAGAAAGAUCUAGUCGAAGAACUCACUCAAGUAUAUUGUAGAUACUUGACCUGA